UUCAUCCUAAUACAAAUAUGGCACAGUGCGGGUUCAACUCAGACGUUCUCAUUUGUCAUCAUGAAGUUCAUGUAUUACGGACUUGCUUAUUUGUUUCUACAAAGUUGUACAUUACAGAGUACAGACUGUAGCAAAAUUUUGGUGUGGUAUGCCGAAAACAGUCACUGGAUUAACCUGAAACCUGUGCUGGGAAGACUAGUAGAGAGAGGGCAUGAAGUCACAGUGGUGGCUCCUAAUGCUUCCCUUUCUAUGGACCCAACUGAAGAUUCACCCUGGAGCUACAAGAUAUUCAAUACGUCAGUUUCUGUGGAGCAAAUGAAGAGUUCUUUAGAAGACUUCAUUAGCUUUUCAAUGUAUGAAAUGGGGCACAUGAACCUCUUGGAGAUAUUCAUUAAAUUCUACAAAAUAGCAAACAAAAUCUUGAAGGUAAUGUUUCAGACUUGUAAUGAGCUAGUGGAGUCAGAGCAUUUAAUGGAGAGUUUCAGAAAAGAUGGAUUCCAAGUCAUACUGGUUGAUCCAGUAUCUCCAUGCGGAGAGCUGGUAGCUGCAAAGCUCGGCAUUCCUCUGGUGUACACGCUACGCUUCUCUGUUGCCAACGUCAUGGAAAGGCUCUGUGGGCAACUGCCAGCACCCCCAUCGUUCGUACCGGGUGCGAUGAGCAAGUAUACUGACCAGAUGGGAUUUAUUGAUAGAAUGAUGAACUUACUCUUCUACUGGUCUCAGGAUCUACUUGCAACGAUGCUAUGGAGAGACUUUGACAAGUUCUACAGUGAAAUUUUAGGGAAACCCACCACCCUUUGUGAGACAAUGGGGACAGCUGAUAUCUGGCUGAUUCGCACAUACUGGGAUUUAGAGUAUCCACGACCUUUUCUUCCCAACUUUAAGUUUGUUGGAGGGCUUCACUGUAAGCCUGCUAAGCCGCUCCCUCAGGAUAUGGAGGAGUUUGUGCAGAGUUCUGGGGAUGAUGGUAUUGUUGUAUUCUCACUCGGGUCAAUGGUGAAGAACCUCACCAAAGAGAAAGGAGAAAUGAUUGCUACAGCUCUGGGACAGUUACCGCAGAAGGUUCUCUGGAGAUACAGCAAAGAACAUCCAGAGAAUUUGGCCCCAAACACCAAGAUUUAUGACUGGAUGCCUCAGAAUGAUCUGUUAGGCCACCCAAAGACCAAGGCUUUCAUCACUCAUGGUGGGACAAAUGGAGUGUAUGAAGCUAUCUACCAUGGGGUACCCAUGGUGGGAAUCCCCUUGUUUGCUGACCAACCGGACAACAUGAUCCACAUGCGUGCUAAAGGGGCUGCUGUCAUCCUCGAUUUUAACUCCAUGCAGGCCAAAGAUCUCGUUGAUGCCAUCAGGACCGUGAUCCAUGACCCAUCGUAUAAGGAGAAUGCGAUGAGACUGUCAAGGAUUCAACACGACCAGCCAAUGACCCCACUGGACCAAGCAGUAUUCUGGAUCGAGUUUGUGAUCCGGCACAAAGGAGCCAAGCACCUCCGUGUGCAGGCACACAACUUGACCUGGUAUCAGUACCACAGUCUGGACGUGUUGGCCGUGCUGCUAACCACUGUGGCACUGGCGGUCCUCCUCUUCCUCAAAACCUGCAGAUUCUGCUUCAGGAAGUGCUGCAGGAAACCAAAAACGAAAAGCAAAAGCGAAUGACUUGUGUAUUCUUGCAUCUUAUUGUGUAUUUCAUAAGUGACAUAACGUCCCUCUUCUCUAAAUGGUACUGUUUUGAAAUGGCAGAACGUAAUGAUUACCUUUUAUUUGUGUGGCUCACUGUUGAGUAUUAGAUGUAAAAAUGCAAUCAGCCAUGACUGCUGUCAUGCCCGGCUCGUCCGCUCCUCGUGUGUGCCACACCCCCUGAUUACCCACGUGUGCUUCCCUGAUCGUCUCCAGCUUUGUCCGCUUACGUUGAUUAGUCUCUGUGUAUUUAAGUCCUGGUCUGACCUGUUCCUCUGGUCCAUCAUUGAUGUCAGUCAAUGUUCGUGCUUCUGUCCUGUACUGCCCUGCCCGAUCCAGAUUAAACCCCCGUUUUUCCCGUACUUUGCCUGCUUGCCUGUUCCUGCUCGUUCGCCUGCCUGCACGCUCACCCAGCGAUCGCGAGCGACCUGUGACAACUGCAAAUUGUACAUCCAAAUAAACCAAGAUCAUUUA